UCCACUUGGGCAACUCGCCGUCCGCCCGCCUUGCGCGCGCCCGCACUUUUCUGUCGCUCACACACUUCAAUGAUAGUAAUUGGCGAACAAUCGGGUGUGAAACUGAAGGAAACAUGUGAAUCAGUAAUAUACUAUGAGUGAUGGUUAUAUUCAUUUAGUUGAUAUGAUUGUGUGUGAUAAUAAUCUUCGUUGAUAGUUGAAGUGCGCCAUGCGGUGAACCGUCGUUAAUACCAUCACAACUAACGCGGAUAUGGUGGACCCGCUGAAGAUAUUUUGGGUUUUAACAAAUAGCACUUACUUGGUGACAAAAUUCAUCCGCAUCGGGAUCGCUGACAAAAAUGACAACCCGCCCUACUUCGACAAAGAGUUGUACGAGGCUGAGGUCGACGAGAAUGAGGACAUACAACACACUGUUCUCACCGUCACCGCCAAAGACCACGACGAAUCGUCGCGUAUUCGAUAUGAGAUCACGAGCGGGAACAUAGGGGGCGCUUUCGCUGUCAAAAACAUGACUGGCGCCAUCUACGUGGCGGGAGCACUCGACUAUGAAACUAGGAAACGGUACGAGUUGAAGCUGGCUGCAUCUGACAACCUGAAGGAGAACUACACGACAGUGGUGAUACACGUGAAGGACGUGAACGAUAACCCUCCGGUGUUCGAGAGACCCACUUACCGUACACAAAUCACUGAAGAGGAUGACCGCAAUCUCCCGAAACGCGUGCUCCAGGUCACCGCCACUGAUGGAGAUAAGGAUAGACAGCAGAACAUCGUCUAUUUCUUAACCGGACAGGGAAUUGAUCCGGACAAUCCAGCAAAUAGCAAGUUCGACAUCAACCGCACCACAGGGGAAAUAUUUGUACUUAAGUCUUUGGAUCGUGAUCAACCUAAUGGACGACCUCAAUGGAGAUUUACAGUGUUCGCUCAGGAUGAGGGCGGUGAAGGCCUUGUAGGAUACGCAGAUGUUCAAGUCAAUCUUAAAGACAUUAACGAUAAUGCUCCUAUAUUUCCUCAAGGCGUGUACUUUGGUAAUGUCACAGAAAAUGGCACAGCUGGUAUGGUUGUUAUGACAAUGACCGCAAUUGACUACGACGACCCCGCGGAAAGUAAUAACGCAAAACUUUGGUACUCUAUAGAGAAAAAUGUAAUUGAAGAAGAAACAGGUUCGCCUAUUUUUGAAAUUGAACCUGAGACUGGUGUUAUCAAAACUGCAGUUUGUUGUUUAGACCGUGAGCGAACACCGGAUUAUUCAAUACAAAUCGUAGCCUCCGAUGGAGGGGGGUUAAAGGGCACGGGUACAGCAUCAAUAAGAGUUAAAGAUAUUAACGACAUGCCACCGCAGUUUACUAAAGAUGAAUGGUUUACGGAAGUGGAUGAAACCGAUGGAACCAAUUUGCCUGAAAUGCCUAUUCUGACAGUGACUGUACAUGACGAAGACGAAACAAAUAAGUUUCAGUAUAAAGUUAUUGAAAAUAGUGGUUACGGUGCUGAUAAGUUUACUAUGGUAAGAAAUAAUGACGGUACUGGGUCAUUAAAAAUAGUACAGCCUUUAGAUUAUGAAGACCAAUUACAAAGUAAUGGCUUCAGAUUUAGGAUACAAGUUAAUGAUAAAGGAGAAGAUAAUGACAACGAUAAAUAUCAUGUAGCUUAUUCAUGGGUAGUAGUUAAGCUUAGAGAUAUUAAUGACAAUAAACCACAGUUCGAAAGAGCAAAUAUAGAAGUUUCGGUAUAUGAAAACGCGGAGGUUGGUAAAAGUUUAGAAACAUUCAAAGCAACGGAUCCUGAUCAGGGGGGCAAAAGUAAGGUGUCUUAUGCCAUUGACAGAUCGUCUGAUAGAAAACGACAAUUUUCGAUAAAUCAAGAAGGGACGGUCAGCAUACAAAGAUCAUUAGAUCGCGAAGAUACUCCACGUCAUCAAGUUAAAAUUUUGGCUAUUGAUGAUGGAGUUCCGCCAAGAACAGCUACAGCCACUCUUACUGUUAUUGUUCAAGAUAUAAACGAUAACGCACCUACAUUCUUAAAGGACUAUAGACCAGUACUUACCGAACACAUUACGCCCAAAAAAGUUGCCGAAAUUUUGGCUACAGAUGACGACGACAGAUCUAAAAGUAACGGACCACCAUUCCAGUUUAGAUUAGAUCCUGGCGCAGAUGAUAUCAUUAGAGCUUCUUUCAAAGUAGAACAAGAUCAGAAAGGCGCAAACGGUGACGGCAUGGCUAUAGUAUCUUCUCUUCGGUCAUUUGACAGAGAGCAACAAAAGGAGUACCUUAUUCCCAUUAUAAUCAAAGAUCAUGGUAACCCAGCUAUGACCGGAACGAGUACUCUUACAGUAAUCAUUGGUGAUGUAAAUGAUAACAAAAUGCAACCAGGAUCUAAAGAAAUUCUCGUUUACAGUUACCAAGGUCAAGUCCCUGAGACUGAAAUAGGACGUGUCUAUGUUUACGACCUUGAUGACUGGGACUUACCAGAUAAAAAGUUCUUCUGGGAGAGUACAGAACAUCCGAACUUCACGUUAAAUGAAGAAACCGGUAUGAUACAAAUGAAACAUAAAACUAGAGAAGGUAGGUAUCACUUAAAGUUCAAAGUCUAUGAUAGAAAACACACUCAAACGGAUGUCCCAGCUAAUGUUACAGUUUACGUCAAAGAGAUAUCCCACGAGGCAAUAAUAAAUUCAGGGUCCAUAAGAAUAUCUGGUAUAUCAGAUGAGGACUUCAUUAGAGUUUGGAAUUAUAAAACCCUUAGCGUUUCUAGAAGUAAAUUGGACAUAUUUAAGGAUAAAUUAGCUGAUUUAUUAAAUACGGAACGCGAAAACAUCGAUAUAUUCAGUGUACAACUUAGAAAAAAGCACCCACCAGUAACCGACAUUCGUUUCUCUGCCCACGGCGCCCAUUAUUAUAAGCCUGUAAGAUUAAACGGGAUUGUAUUGAUGCAUAGGGAAGAAAUCGAACGAGCUGUUGGAAUCAACAUAACUAUGGUAGGCAUCGAUGAAUGUCUUUAUGAAAACCAAAUGUGUGAAGGAUCUUGCACUAACGUUCUAGAUAUUAGUAAUUUACCAUACAUGGUGAACGCUAAUAAAACUGCACUUGUUGGAGUUCGGGUGGAUGUCAUUUCUGAAUGUACAUGCGGUGCACGAAAUUUCACUCAAGCUGAAACAUGUCGUAAUUCUCCUUGCUACAAUGGCGGUAGAUGCAUAGAAGGCAAGUACGGGUUAACUUGCUCGUGUCCACCUGGCUACACAGGACCUAGAUGUCAGCAAACUUCCAGAAGCUUCAGAGGCACAGGAUGGGCAUGGUAUCCUGCAUUGGAAAUGUGCGAUAGUUCGCAUUUAAGUUUCGAAUUCAUAACAAGGAAGUCAGAGGGCGUAUUACUAUACAACGGCCCUAUAGUACCCCCUGAAUCAGAAGAAAUAAUGGUAUCCGAUUUUAUUUCUGUCGAAUUAGAGAGAGGAAAUCCAAGACUAUUGAUCGAUUUUGGCUCGGGUACAUUAGAAUUAAGAGUCAAAAAAAAAUCCCUAGAUGAUGGAGAAUGGCAUCGCAUAGACAUAUUUUGGGAUACAGAAAAUGUCAGAAUGAUUGUAGACUUUUGUAAAUCAGCAGAUAUUCAAGAAAUGGAAGAUGGCACUCCUCCUGAAUUUGACGAUUCUACUUGUCAAGCAUCAGGGACAAUACCUCCAUUUAACGAAUAUUUGAAUGUCAAUGCACCAUUACAAAUCGGUGGUCUAUAUAUAGAGCAUUUCGACCCAACUCAUUAUCAUUGGCAGUACAUGCCUAUAGGCAAAGGAUUUGACGGUUGUAUAAGAAAUUUAAUACACAAUAGUAAACUAUACGAUUUAGCACAUCCUGGGCUUUCUAGAAAUUCCGUAGCGGGCUGUCCACAAACUGAAGAAAUUUGUAACCAAGCAGAUACUACUUCAAGAUGUUGGGAACAUGGUACUUGCGUAGGCAGUUUCUCAGAAGCUAGAUGCCAAUGCCAACCGGGCUGGACAGGACCAUCAUGUAAUUUACCGACUACGCCUACCAGUUUCCGACCCCAAAGCUACGUUAAAUUCGCUCUGAGCUUCGAACCCGAUAGGUUCAGCACACAAAUACAAUUAAGAUUCAGAACGCGCGAACCUCACGGCGAACUAUUCAGAGUAAGUGAUCAACAUAACCGUGAAUAUGGCAUACUCGAAGUGAAAGAUGCACGAUUGCAUUUCCGCUACAAUCUCAACUCGUUACGGACUGAGGAACGUGAUGUAUGGCUGAAUUCUGUUGCUGUUGACGACGGACAAUGGCAUAUUGCCCGCGUUAGUCGGUAUGGAAGCGCCGCUACGCUUGAAAUUGAUGGUGGCGAAGGAAGGCGCUACAAUGAAACUUUCACUUUCGAGGGACACCAGUGGUUGCUAGUCGAUAAACAGGAGGGCGUUUACGCAGGCGGGAAAGCUGAAUAUACCGGUGUGAGGACAUUCGAAGUAUAUGCUGAUUUCCAGAAAGGAUGCCUGGACGAUAUUAGACUGGAGGGCAAACACUUACCACUGCCACCCGCUAUGAAUGGAACGCAGUGGGGACAAGCUACAAUGGCGCGGAAUCUCGACCGGAAUUGCCCAUCUAACAGCCCCUGCAUCAACGUACACUGCACUGAGCCUUUUGUUUGUAUCGACCUGUGGAAUGAAUACGAAUGCACUUGCGGUGAGGGUUUGGUAUUAUCGCCGGACGGCAAAGGUUGCGUAGACAAGAACGAGUGUCUCUACUUCCCGUGUCGCAACGGCGGCUCCUGUGUCAACCGCGAGCCGGGCUACCGAUGCCACUGUCCCGAAGGGUUCUGAGAGAACUGCGAGCUCGUGCAAGAGGGCCGCACCCUCAAGCUCAGCAUGGGCGCGCUGGCGGCCAUCCUCGUCUGCCUCCUCAUUAUCAUGAUUCUGGUGUUAGUGUUCGUGGUGUACAAUCGUCGGCGUGAGGCUCACAUCAAGUACCCCGGGCCUGACGAUGACGUGCGUGAGAACAUCAUCAACUAUGAUGAUGAAGGCGGCGGUGAGGACGACAUGACGGCCUUCGAUAUCACUCCACUGCAGAUACCGAUUGGAGGACCUCUGCCCGACCAUGCUCCCGCUAAACUGCCAUAUCCGCUAAUGGGCGUCGGGCUCGGUGUAGGCCCCAUGGUGGGUGUGGGAGUGCCGCCCGGCGUGGGGGUGCCGCUGCCGGGGGAGACCAACGUGGGAAUGUUCAUCGAAGAGCACAAGCGACGCGCUGACAGCGAUCCCAAUGCUCCACCCUUUGACGACUUGCGCAACUACGCAUACGAAGGCGGCGGCAGUACUGCCGGCUCCCUCUCUCGCAUCCGAAAUUUAAAUAAAUCGUGUACCGACGACGAAGUGCACGAGUACGAGUACCUGGGCGCGUGGGGCCCGCGCUUCGACAAGCUGGCUGACCUGUACGGCCCCGACCUCGACGAACAGCUGUAAGCACCCGCGCAACGACACACGCGACACCCUGCACCACGCAGUGCUAAUUUAGUCAAUUGUCUCCCACUAUCCUACUGAGCCACUCUUACUGUAACCUUGCUAUCUGGGGAGCAACACUCGUUCACACGCCCGCGGAGUUUACUUUUGUAAAUAAACAAACGGUUCCCGUCUCGGCGACGCGUCGUCGACGCGACGGGCGCCUCGCCCUGAUUUGUAAUUCUUAUCAAUUUUAUACGACUUUAUUUUUGUGGUAGAAAUGUUUAGCUUAAGUGCUCUUUAAGAUACCUAAUUUAAUUGCGUCAGUUUUAUAAAGUUAAACAUACUGCGUACAUAUUCACCAAAUAUUUGAUAUAAGUUUUUAUUCAAGUUAGCCAUAUUAUGAGUCAGUAUUUUAUUGGAUAUUAUGAUGAUAAGCAUAUUUCGGCAGGAGGGCCAGACCUGAAUCUGGACCGAGAGUGUAUGUAGAUAGUGUGCUAUAAAUGUGAAUAAUUUAUACGAGUAUAUUGUAAGUGUGCAGCUCUACGUGAUAUCACUUAACACGUCGGCCCUUCCGCGUGAAAUCACCUUAAUUAGUGUAAAUGAAUAUGUUGAUAUUUUAUUAUUAUGAUAACAUUAGGCGCUUAAGGUCUGGAGUUUACGAUGCUCAUUCAGACGUGACACACAAACCGUGGGGUUGUAUAUACAAUGAUAACGUUAAACAGUCACCCCUGAUUUUUAAUUUAAAUGUGAAAUUACGACACUCGUAUGUAUAAGUAACAUGUACAGUAACCGGUGUUCCUCUCCUAAUGUCUCUGUGUAGUGCUAGAUUAUAGAAUAAAUAUUUGAAAACGACUUAAUGCUAUUCAUAAAGUACAGUAGGUAAGUAAAGUAAUGUUAGUAACGGAUCGUGCGGUAUGAACGAUGUGUAGUGCGAGCGAAUGGGUUUAUGUAUUUAUGCGCGAGCGAGCGGAGUGUGAAUGUGGCGCGAGUCGCGCGGCGCCGCAGCGGCGGUGCGGUGCGCGCGCAGUAACGAAUGGAACGAGUGCGUGCGUCGGCGCGUCGCGUCGUCCCGUCCGGCGACGGACCGCGCGGCGACUCGCUCCCGGAGCCGGCGACGCAGCUCUCCGGCUCCGGGGGCCGCAGCACUCGACUUGAAUGGGACUGUGCCAAUUUCGUAGCAUCCUCGAUGCAGCUAAUGACGGUAGAGUUAAAUGUUUGCACUUUAUUUAUUCGUAUGGUUAUAACAAUAUAAAUUUAGUCGCACCUAGGAGAAUAUCAAUAACUUAUUAAGAGUGUUGUGCUAGAAAUACUAUUUCUAUCGAUUUUGACGUGAGACAGUCGUUUACGCCGGUAGUAGUCAUUAAUUUGUAACUUAAUUUUAAGAAUUUAUAGUUAAAUUAAAUAUACGAGAGGUUAUAGACACUGUCUGACAUCGAGGUCGACUUACGAUCGGUGUAUAUUUUAGAAUAAAUACUGAAUUGCGUUAAAAUGACUGAUUUUAUCAUGAGUUUGAAGCCUAAGAUUUUUGUAGUAUCGGUUUAACUAGACUUCGAUUAACUUACCUCUUGUAAGUUCACCCUCUAGUUUGCACUAAUGACAAAUAAUAAUAAUAUUCAAGUACAUACAUCAAUAUUAAAGCAAUUCUCGUUAAUUACUAUUCGUGUAAGUAAACUUUCAUAGAUAUUAUUGUUUAUUUUAAUAUCAUUACACUGCCAGUAUCAUACAUAUAGACGAAUUACUAUAGUGGUUUGGGUCCGAUUUUAUAUUUCUGUCUUAUACAACAUCGUACUGUAAGUUUUUUGAACUGUUUUAUAACAAGCAACAUUUUAAUUUGUCCGUCGCGCGCGUCGGCGCCGCUCAUGCUAUCAUUUCAGAUUGUUUUCUCGUCGGUAAGCUCUGUUGUGUCUCUGUGUACUAUUUUGCUAAGGUUGCGUGAUACCGUGUCACCUUUCUGAAAUAAUUUUGCGCGAUAUACUCACUUUGUAAAUUUAAUAUUUACGCGGUUGUAAACAGCUGCUUGCACUAUCGUUCGCUAGAUGUCGCUAAGAUAUUCUGCGAGCUCACGGUCACUAAUUUUAAUCAAUACGUAAGUAAGAUGGUAAAUAAUAAGGGAUAUAUUGAACACGAACGCGCUUUGUACCCACCGUUUGGUAUUGUUUGCGAGGUUGUCACGCACGUGCAAGUGCACCUACACUAUACGUAGACAGCAGAGCACACAACCCCAGUACAAACUAUAAAAGGUCGCUAAUAGCGCCGCAUCGGUUCACACUGAAUGCAUUUUUAGGAAUAAUUUACGUCAUACCAACAUAGUUAUGUUUUGUUUUAACUGUGAUUAUUUAGUUGUACAACUCUGAUGAUGAUUACAUAAAAAAAUGAAUAAAAUUUGA